CUCAUUGCUCGUUGAAUUUGAUGAACUUCUAACUGUAGAUGUUGUGUCCCUUCCUACAAAAAAAAACAUUUGCAUUUGUUUUAAUUACUUCUUUUUAUCUAAAUCAAAUGAUCGUUAAUUUACAAAAAUUAAUUCUUUCUUAUAAAAUUUUAUGUUAUAUAUUCAUAAUGUGUGAUUAUUGUUCGUGGAUCGAUCAAAUUUUAACAAGAAUUAGAAAUGAAAUAAAACCAGAGAAAAAGAAACGUCGUGUCUACGUAGAUCCUGUUAUAAUAGUGCAUGGAGGUGCAGGAAAAAUUCCUCGUAACAAACGUAAACAUAUACUCCUUGAGGUUAAAAAUGCAGCAAUUGAAGCAUAUAGCGAUCUUAUUAACGGUCGAUCAGCAGUGGAUGCGGUAGAAAAAGCAAUUUCUUAUAUGGAAAGUAGAUCAUUAUUUAAUUGUGGAAAAGGAGGUUCUUUAGAUAUUAAUAAUGAAGUUGUCAUGGAUGCUGCUAUAAUGACAACAAAAGAUGCUGGAUGCGUAGGUGCUGUACGUGAUAUAGAACAUCCGAUUUCUUUAGCACGAAAAGUGUUAGAAAAAACGGAACACAUCUUAAUUGUUGAAAAAGGAGCUCAAAAAUUUGCAUUAGAUCACGAAAUUCCAAUUUUACCGCCAAGUAGUUUACGUGAAUUCUCUUCAUUAAGUUCAUUCAAAUCCAUAAGUGAAUCAUUUGAAAAUGAACAAGAAGAAUGUGAAAUAAACGAAUUGAAAAAUGAAAAAAAUGAAAAAAAUGAAAAAAAUGAAAAAAAUGAAGAAAAUGAAAAAAAAAAAUGUGAUUCAAAUUGCGUUAUAUAUCGAUAUGAAGAAGGCGAAGUAUAUCCUCGUGAAUUAUCUGAUGAUGAUGUAGAUAUCGUAGAUGAACCAAUAAUUUUACAAAUUGGUGCAGUUGGAGUAGUUGCAUACGAUCGUAAGAAACGACUUGCAAGUGGAACAUCGACAGCGGGAGAAUCUGGAAAACCAGUUGGUUCUGUAAGUUCAAUCGGUACCGUAAUUGGUUGCGGCAUUUAUACAAACGAACUUGGCUGUACUUCUGUUUCUGGUAAUGAUUCUAGUAUCUAUUGCUAUGCACCAGCACGUAAAAUAAUUAGAAAGUUAUCUGAAGAUAUAUGUAUAACUAGUGCAGUAAACAGUGUACUGCAGAACUUCGAAAUGGAAACUGGAGAUUCUCAUGUAGGUGCUAUUGCAUUAGACGCAAAAGGAGAACCUUGUAUUUCUUUCAGAUGUAUACAUUUUCCAUGGGCUUUUUGUGAAAAAGGUUAUGUUUAUUAUGGAAUGGUAAAAAAUGAAAAAUAUAGAGAAAAAAUAACUAUACUUGAACGACCUUUGGACUGUAUGUGCUUAAGUUCUGAUGAAGAGUAAAAAAAAUAUUUGAUUUUAUAUUAUAUCGACAUAUAUUAUAUUAUGUGUUAUAUUAUAUAUAUUCAAAUUUAUUUGUAUAAAGAUUUAUUUUUAAUAAUAUUAAUUUUAUUUGAUUUGGAUUAUAUAUUAGUAUCUUAUUAUUUUAAAGCUAAUAUUCUUACGUACUGGAAAUAUAAUACUUUCGUUUGAAUCGUAUAUCCCAUACAUAGAAAAUGCGGGUGUACGACCCUUGAAGGUACUUCCGAAAAGUUUGUCCAUUUCUAACAACAUAGAAUAAAUCUCAUCUCGUCGCAA